GGGGUUGAAGUUGUCAUCCGGUAGAGGGCGGAGUGAGAGAAAGAGAGAGAGAGAGAGUGAGAAGAGUGGGUACGCUGGAGCUGCAGAGGGCUGGAGCUGCGGAAAGGAGCGGAGCGAACCUGGCCAGGAGCGGAUGCCGGCUACCUGCAGCCUGAGUGCGGGAGGGAUGAGAGGCAGAGGCCGGGGGUCUUCGGGUUGACUUCAGAGGAGGGUGUCUUCGCGCGGGGGGUAGACUUUUGGUUCAGUGCAUGCACAUCAUCAUCCAAACAUCCACACACACUCUCACGUCUUAAGAGCAGCGGGAAAUGCAUUACGUCAUAGCCUCCCAUCGCCCUAGAUGACCGCGCGCAGGACGGGAUGAUGAUGAUGCGGGGCUGCUGGACUAGAACCCAUUCCGCUGCUGCUGCCGCAUCUCGCAAGCGCCCGGUGGGGGUGUCUCGAGCGCACGAGAAAGAAGGGGAGCCGCCGUCGCGUGGCCGCCGGCUCUGAUGGCUCCUCUCGCCCCGGGCGGGAAAGAGACACAGCAGUCGCCGCGGCGCGAGAGGGAAGGGGGCAGCAGGUAUCGGGGAAGUGACGUGGUAUCCGCGCCCCAACAGCCAGCAAAACGGUGCGGUUGUCGUGCGUUUCGCAGGAGGGCAGGAGUGGGAAGGGGAAUAUGGCCGCGCAGUCGGACGGCGGCAAAGCCGGGGUCGGGUACAGCGGCAGUGGUUUCGCCCAGCUGUACGAUGUUGACGCUGAGGAGCCGCUGGACUCAGCUGCGAUCCACAUCUGUCAGUGCUGCCGCACCUCAGCCUGCUACUGGGGCUGCCGCUCUGCCUGCCUCGGCUCUCUGCUUGGAGGGGGGCAGCCUACCGGAGGGGUCGGUAUCCGGGAGACUCACUGCCCGCCCCGGGAACAGCUAUGGCUGGACUGCCUCUGGAUCAUCCUCGCCCUCCUUGUCUUCUUCUGGGACGUUGGCACAGACCUGUGCCUGGCCAUGGACUACUACCAGAGGCAGGACUACCUUUGGUUUGGCCUCACUCUCUUCUUCGUGCUGGUGCCGUCGGUGCUGGUCCAGAUUCUAAGUUUUCGCUGGUUUGUUCAGGACUACACCGGCGGGGGGCUCGGGGAGGUAGAGGGGCUGACCAAGAGGGGCACAGUGGCGCUGGGGUGCCUGUAUCCCGGCAGAGACCGCCUGCAGCUGGCCACCAUCUGGCUGUGGCAAGUCAUCAUACACAUCCUCCAGCUGGGACAAGUGUGGAGGUAAAGAGGGUGGGGACACAAACAACAACAACAACACACACCUGAGCUGAGCCCAACCUGUCACACUGCAAUGCCUCCAUCUCCCUCCCCCCACAGUCUCUUCACACACACACUUAAUGUUGCUAAUGGGUAGAGUGGGAUGUCUUCUUGAUGUUGCUGGAAAAAGCAAAGCUUGCUCCACACUGACAGGCAGGAUAGGAGGACAGGAAAAGGCUCUCUGUGACCUCCUCGGCGCUUCAGUUUCUAUCUGAGAGUAACAGGAAGAUAGAUUGGGAGAGACAGCGAGAAAGACAAUGAAGGAGACGUAGAAAGACAGUCAGAGAGAGACACAGAGAGGUCUGAUCUGUUGUUACAUUGUCUUUUCUUUUUGGGGUUAACUUGGAAAAAGUUCAUCCUACCACACUGACUUCUAUAAUCUCAGCUGAGUUCAAACUAGAUGGAAAAGUGUUAAAAUUAGGCUGUGUUCAAAAUAAAUCACUCAAUCCCUAAUCCCUAACACCCAUAUGGGUUUUCACUAUAUAGCUGACUAUGUUUCAGACACUACAUGGCGGGAUGCCCAACACCGGUGAGUGACCAUCGGAUAGUCACUACAUUUGGGGCAUUGGAAUUGAUCACUCAGGUUUCGGACACCCCUCAAAAUGUCGCUAACCCCCAUAUAGUCGCCUUGGAAUCCAUUUGGGACUCAGCCUUAGAUUAUGUGUAAAGGGACAUAAGGGGCAGCUGGAGCUGUCCGAGGUGCUGAAACACUUAAAGCACCCAGGAGAGUCCCUGUUCUUCGAAUGAAACAGAAGAGUUGUGGGGUUGUGUCGGUGUGCGCGGGUGUGUUCAUGUGUAUCUUUUUUUGUCCGAGUGUGGUCACGCGUGGCUGCGUGUCCGACCAGUGGAAAAACGGUGUCAUGGCUCUUCCCGUGAGUGUCAGCGUGCAUGGAGGGUUACAAAGAGGAAAAGCAUCUGUGCUUCUGGCAACACACCUCCCUCUCCCUAUCCCUCUCACUCUCUCUCUCUCUCUCUCUUACUCUGUUGGACACACACAUACACACACACACAUAUAGACACAGUUGGACAUGGGUAGGUGCUAAUUGUAGCGCUAAAAGCACCAGCAAGGAAAAAAGAAAACUGAAACACACAUGCACCCUUGCGCUUUCAUACACACUCACACGUCUGAUAUUACAGCUCAAGUUUCCUACAGCUCCUCUUUCUCAUUAUAUACGAUUAUGUUUGUUUUUAUGUGUGUGUGUGUGUGGCUCUGAUAGUAGUAGUAUCAUCUUGCUCAUCUGCUUAGAAGCCCCAUAUAAAAAGACAGCACUUGCAGUAAUUUCCCUCCAACCCGCCCACCCCCACCCCUCUCUCUAAGAAGAUGCCUUAAUGUUGUCCACUCGCCUCUGGGCGGGCAGCUGAGUGAGUAAAGUGUGGCGAGUGUGUGUGUGCUUGUGUGGAACGUGUGCUUGUGCAUGUUUACACCACUCAGCUCCUCUGCUUUGGUCUCUACGUGGUUGUAGGGUUAACUCAUCCCCCCCUCACUUAGACACAUGCACAUACAAAUACCCCCGUUCACCCCACCCAGUAAUCACCCCCUCGGCCUAAAGAAUGGACUCUCCCACCUGAAGGAAGCAGGAGACGGAGCACAAGAAAGGAGUGGGGGUGUAUGUAGCAGAGGAAAUGGUUUGGCCUGAUUGAGACAGAUUGCCUUAGAGAUGGAGAGGCUGGAGUGAGAAGGAGGGGUGAGGUCGAGAAGGAAGCAGGGAGGAAAGGUUGCACAUUCGCAAUGGGAGCGAAAAGGGGGAAGGGAACGGGAAAGACAGCGAGGGGAGCGAAGGAAAUGAAGGAGUGAGAGUGGUGGGGGUUGGGUGGAGGCGUGGAAGAUGUACUGUAUUCGGCACAUAUGUUCGAAAGCACAUCCUUCUAUGUGAAGACAUUAAUUGGCUGUCGGGGUCGCCUGACACGCUGCUCAGUGGAGCCUCAUUUCUUAGCAUUAAUGAAAGCAAAAGGACUUUCUAUUCACAGAUUUUAGGAACUGUAAAUGAGAAAUGCUGCUUAUUUAUCCUUCGGUGUUAUUGAGUCAAGGACAAAUAGGAUUUUAGUCUGUUUUUCCCACUUUAAGACUCAUAAACCAGUAAUUCAGCUUUUAAUUCACAGUUUGUCUUCUGAUCACAUUACCUGGAGUCGCCUGAAUCCAAAAUACACGCAAAAAGCUGAGGCGUGAAUACAUGGCUGUUAUACACUGGCCUCUCUCUCUCUUAUAGAUAAUACAUAUGCAUACUUGCAAUUUAAAGCUCCUAUAGGGAGUUUUUUUACCUUUAAGAAAUGGCUGAAAUUCAUAUUCAUGCCUUUUUAUGCUUUCCAGAACCAAACAAGACCAUCAGUGACAUGAUUGGUGGUUUUUAUUUUGUAAUUUUCAUGGCCAAAAAAACAGGUCUGACUCCUUGGCUGGUUUAUAACUAUGCGUUUAAAGAAAGUGGUCGUAGCCUAUCAAGUUAACCAACUAUGUGUAGUGCUAGUUUUUCUUGGAAAGACUCAGCAGAAGAGGCUGGCGUUAAGUCUCCUUCAGAAUCAAAGUUACCAUAUAUUGAGCCCAACUACAAUGGAUACAAGGAUAGUGGAAACAAAGGUAGAAAGAGCGACACUGAAUGCAAGAUCUUGCCGUGAAGCCAGAUUAUUGUACUGUCCAUCCUAUCUGUGUGCCAUUUAAUGAAUGAUCCCUAAAUCUGUGCUGUGGAGGUCUACUCGCCUGUGAAUGUCACUCACCGGCUCCUGCACGCCAUGAGAUGAGGGCUGUGAUUGAUCCCUGAAUAACUGGACUGGGCUUCCUGCUGUGCAGCAGCUCCGCUCUUGUGUAUCUUCCUGAAUGGAACUUGAACAUUCAUUUCAAAAUGUUUGUUUAUUGUGAUUUGAGCAAAAAAUACCUUUUAAAUAUUUGCUCUUUGUCCUGAUAUCUUGAGCACUCUCUGGAGUAAGCAAGAAACUGCUCAUGCUCAGAGUGAAUGUAAACUAGUUGACCUUAUUGAACCAUGAAUAAAGCGCGAAAUUUAAAGUGAGCUAGUUGAUUUAAACUGUAUGAGCUCGACUUAAAGGGAUAUUCAGGCGUAAAAUUAAGUUAGGGUCACGAAGUUAGACACCCCCUCGAGAGCUGAAUGUUGCUGACCGCUUGCUUCUCUAGUUACCAACUUUAAUAACGACCACACACAAACUUCAAUCAAAAAGACACUCUAUAGACACAAAUAAUGCUCAGAACAGCACCUAACUUUAUCAACAGUACAUAUAAAGUCCCAGCCACAGCGCUAGCCUCCAAACAUCUUUUUAACUUUGCCUGAUUUCUUUAGCAAAGAGACUAAACACAACUCACCCACUCUCUUUCAGCAGCCGCUUGUUUGUAGCAACACCCUCAUGUCAGUCCAUUACAGACUGCAGCGGGGUGACACAGCUCAAGGAAGAACAUUUAUGGUCAUUUCUUCAUGGAAAUGCAAUCAGAUGCUAAGGUAGAAGAACUACCGCGUCUGCAGUGCAAAAAAGGUUAAUAUGAUGAUUAUAACUUCAAGGAAAUGAUAAAGUAAUGAUCAUAAAUGUUCUUCCUUGAGCUGCGUAACCCCGCAGCAGUCCGUAAUGGACUGGCCUAAGGUCUCGCUACAAACAAGCGGCUGCUGGAAGAGAGUAGGUGAGUUGUGUUUAGUCUCUUUGCUAAAGAAAUUAGACAAAGCUAAAAAGAUGUUUGGUGGCUAGUACUUUGGCUGGGUCCUUAUAUGUACUGUUGAUGAAGUUAGGUGCUGUUCUGAGCAUAAUUUUUGGCUAUAGAGUGGCGUUUUGGUUGAGGUUUGUGUGUGGCUCCUCAGACCGCUGUGUAUUGCUAUCAUGUGGUCAUUACUAAAGUUGGUAUAACUAGAGAAGCAAGCGGUCGGCAACAUUCAUCUGUCGAGGGGGUGUCUAACUCAGUGUUUGUGUGUUUGACCCUAAAUUAAUUUUACGCCGGAAUAUCUCUUCAAAUCUGGCGCCUUUUAAAUGUGAAUUUGCACUGCGUCUUUUCCCAACAAAUCAUCAUGACACAGCGAGAGGCAUAUUAGCUUAAGAGCAGUAUAAACUGUCUUUAAUAGCAUAUAAUUAUUAUAAGGCGGUGUGUUAACUGGUGCAACAAAGAUGGCAGGUGAUUAAGCGAACUUUUUAAAAACAUAUAGUGGACUGUUUCCAAGUGUGGGAAAGAUAAAGCGCUUUCCAGGCAUCUCUCAUCCUUGUGCUGCUCCAUCAUUAAUUAGCCGGGAGUGCUCUCGUGAUUGGCAGUCUAAGUGCCUUUGCAUGCCCGGCCUCUGCAUCAAGCCAGAGCUGAUGUGUGUAUAUGAACAGUAUGCGUGCACAUGUCGUCAUUUUCCAUUGGGUUUCCUGUGCAUUAUUUAUGUUUCAUGAAUUACGCUUGUACGUUCCAGACCAGAUAGCUGGUAUAUCUGUGCAUGCAUGCUGAGCCAUACAUAAUGUAAGAGUACACGCACACUGAGUGACACCCAUACACACACACAUAGAAGUACAGUAAGCACACCCAGAGAGGCGGGAUCAAUGGAAUGCAUUUGCCCACAUGUGCAUAUACACAUACACACCUCCACAACACACACACACACACACACACACACUCGUGAGUGCCUGAGGCAUUUUAAUUGAAAUCUCUGCCUACAUCCCACCCACAUGUGCUGUAGUUUCCCAGAUGAAAAUCUCUCACUUUAUCAAAAUCUUAUCAUAGCUGUUUGUGCAUACAGUGGUUCUAUCAACAAUAAGACCGUGAUAAAACCCACGAAUAUUUAUGGAACACGAGCAGAAGAGCCAAAGAUCAUAUCCCACGAGAUUUAUGGAUGUUUUAUUUAUCCGGCAAAAGGACAGUAUCGGAGAUGAUGCCAAUUCACUGCUGCUCUUUCUAGUUAUUCUGUUUCUAUAAUUUUUACUUUGGCUGUUUUUUUUUUUUGUUUUUUUUUCAAUUCUUGCCAACAGAGCUCUAAUAGUCACAGUUAUAGUGCUGAGAAGAAAUGUAUGUUUUGCUACAAGUUAUGAACUCCAGUAGGUUGUGUGCAAUAGUUUUCUCUGCAGCUUAAUCGCUUAUUUACAUUACUAUGCCACUCUGCGAUUUUACAACCAUCCAAUGCAGACUGUAUGAAAUAUAGAUUUGGUAGCAGUGACAUCUUCCAUGGGUUUCUGAGGAGAAGUUUUGAAGCCAAUGAUGGCAUCACAUUGUCGGAUAUGCUGCCACAAACCUAACUUUUGGCUCCAUCAUGCCGUAGGUUGCUCUAGAUUGCUGCUGCAUCAAUCUCACCUCUGUAGAUCUCUCUCUUUCUUUCUGCAUCUCUAAUCCCAAUCUACUACCAGCAGAUAACUAUCUUACAUGAGUUUGUUUCUGCUCAAGGUGUCUACAAUUUAAAAUAAGUUUUUACUCUCCUCUGUACAUCUUCCAGGUACAUCAGGACACUUUACCUGGGUAUCAUGUCGCGCCGCCAGAAGGAGCACCAGCGGCGCUGGUACUGGGCCAUGAUGUUCGAGUACGCUGACGUCAACAUGCUGCGACUCCUGGAGACUUUCCUGGAGUCUGCACCACAGCUGGUCCUGCAGCUCUGCAUCAUGAUCCAGGAGAACCGAGCCGAGACGCUGCAGUGUAUGUAAAGCACAGAUAACAACGCGCUGUAGUUCCUAAAGGGAAAAAGGAGUGUGACGAUCCGGAGUUAAACAAAAAAAGGACCCAAAAUGCAGAACACAAUAAAAAAUAUCUAAAUGAAAAGCAACAAAAAAAAAAAAUUAAUUUAGGGUCAAACACACCAUAACACAAAGUUAGACACCCCCUCGAGAGAUGAAUGUUGCCGACCGCUUGCUUCUCUAGUUUUACCAACUUUAGUAACGACCGCAUGAUAGCAAUACACAGCGGUCUGAGGAGCCAUAAACAAACCUCAUCCAAAACGCCACUUUAUAGCCUCAAGUAAUGCUCAGAACAGCACCUAACUUCAUCAACAAUACAUAUAGGGUCGCAGCCAUAGUACUAGCCAAUAAACAUCCAUUUGACUUUGCCUAAUUUCUUUAGCAAAGAGACUAAACACAACCCACCCACUCUCUUCCAGCAGCCGCUUGUUUGGAGCGAAACCUGAGGCCAGUCCAUUACAGACUGCAGCGGGGUGACGCAGCUCAAGGAAGAACAUUUAUGAUCAUUACUUAAUCGUUUCCUUGAAGUAAUAAUCACCAUAUUAAUCAUUUUGCACUGCAGACACUGCACUCGCUACAAACAAGCAUCUGUUGGAAGAUUGAUGUUUGUGUGUGGCUCCUCAGACUGUUGUGUAUUGCUAUCGUGCCGUCGUUACCAAAGUUGGUAUAAGUAGAGAAGCAAGCGGUCACCAACAUUCAUCUGUCAAGGGGGUGUCUUACUCUUUGCUAUGGUGUGUUUGACCCUAAAUAAUUUUAAGCCGGAAUAUCCCUGAAAAUGUCCAACAGAAAAAUACCCAAAAGCAAAAAAACACCAGAGGCAAAAUCCAAGAAGCCAAAAAUCACUGGGGCAAAAUCAGAGGGAGCAACUGGGGAGAUAGGCAUAUACACAGAAACAUCAACCUAAAGAAACAGGGGAAUACAGGGACUAUAUAUAGACAGGGGAAUGAGCAACGAGAGGCAGGUGAGAAACUGAGACACAGGUGCAGACAAUUACAGAGGAGGGAAAACUGAGGUAGUAAAACAAGACUAGAAACACAAGGAAUAAACGACUACAAAAUAAUACAGGAAAUGGGGUCAAACACAAACUGAAAACUCACAAGACAGGACCACAGGAGAACAGGAAACAGAAACACUAGAAAUAAACUCAGAUAACCAAAACCAGGGGAAAAACUAAAUACCAGAACAUGUCAUGACAAGGAGACCAACUUAGAGUCAGAUUUAAAAACACAACACUGUGUUUUCAUGCAGCAGACUAAGUACAUACAACUCAGCAGCUGCACAAACAGUAAUAGGCCAUUUGUGCACAUCAUCCUCAGUAAUUCCUACUUUUGGAUUCUCACCGUUGUUUUUUCGUGAAGGUGGUUCCAGAAAGUAAGCACAAUCAUAGGUGUUCAGGGGGACGUGCUAGCCAAAAUCCAUCAGCCUCCUGUUCCUUAUUCAUCCAGGAGAUGUAUCAUCUUGGCGUCCACCCACUGGUGUUAUUCAUCCCAAUCACUCUCCAGUUUAAGAAGCCUUUUACUUUAAAUGCAAAUAUGUGACUAACAAAGGGGGGUUGGCUGCACACAGCAGCUGGGUUAUAGAAAAAUAACUUCAUAUAUCAGACUCAUACCGCUGAGCCUCAUUACCAAAUGUUUCUGUCGUGUCACACACUACUUCUUAUCUAAGAAUACGCUCACAUUACUACGCAAAACACCUCUAAUGAGUCACAGGAAUUUGUCAGCGUCCUUUUUUUCCUUCAGGACUCCUGAAACUUUCACGUUUUACUCUCCACAUCAUUUACUUCUUUUCUAAGUUUUCUAACUCUUUACUCUGCAGGUAUCUCCUCCCUGGGCUCCCUCUUGUCUCUCGCUUGGGUUUUGGCCUCGUACCACAAACUACUGCGAGAUUCCCGUGACGAUCAGCGCAGCAUGAGCUACCGCGGGGCUCUGCUGCACCUUUUCUGGCGCCUCUUCACCAUCUCCUCCCGCGUCCUCUCCCUCGCCCUCUUCGCCUCCCUCUUCCACAUCUACUUCGGCAUCUUUGUAGUGGUCCACUGGUGCGCCAUGGCUUUCUGGGUGGUGCACGGAGGCACUGACUUCUGCAUGUCCAAGUGGGAGGAAGUGCUCUUCAAUAUGGUGGUUGGCAUAGUCUACAUCUUCUGCUGGUUCAAUGUGAAGGAGGGGCGGACACGCUACAGGAUGGUGGCAUACUACACUGUGGUGCUAGCGGAGAACUCCAUCCUCACGGGGCUGUGGUGAGUCAUAGAGGCUGUGUGUGUUGUUUGAUCAUUAAUGUGUUUUUUUUUUUGGCACAUGAAAGAUGUUGGAGACAGACGAAUAGAGUUGAUCAUUGGCAUUUUGACUAAAUUAGCAUCAAAUCAGCAUCAGCCUUCACCUUUUCUGAAUGAAAACUCGGUUUUUCUUUUCCCUAGUGGCAGCAUAUCAAACCUCAAACAGUUUCAUGGUACUGUUUUUAUAAACCUGUAAAAAAAAAAUCAACUGGUUUAUUAUUGACAGAAAAAUCAGCAUAAACCUGCAUCUUUGUCUUCAGUUUCAAUUUGCAGGGAAGAAUUAAUCUGUACGUGACUUUCUUUGAUUGUUGUUACUUAAAAUUCACCUUGCACUACUUUUCUGUCUUAGUAAUUUCAGAUAGCCAGACAGAAAUUUAACAGUCUGUAUUAUUGAUCAAAUACUUGCUCAAUUUUAUCAUUUUGUUUCUCAUUUCUCAGCAUUUUUAAAGCUCCUGUGAGGAUUUUUUUUUACAGUUAUGAAACAGACUACAAUUCAGAUUAAUGUCAAAGUGAUUUAAAGCAAAUAAGACUGAUGAUUUUGACGCUGUAAGAUUAGUCCUCCAAAACAGCUGUGAGGGGGUAGGUGUCAGCUGGGCAGUUGAAUGAACAGUAGUGUCGUUCAUGAACGUUUCGUUUAAGAAAACGGAACUGCUGAGUGAACAACGUGAACUGAAUCAGUCCGAGACCUGAUUCGUUCCUUUUUCAGUUCAGUUGAGCUCAGCCGCGAGCCUGGCAUGCUGGCCGGGAGUGGAACUGCAGCCUCUGACUCUGGCGAACGAUACACAGCCAGCGAGCGAGCAGGUGGAGUCUCGUGAUUCACUCGCAGCGAAUGAACGAUAUGUAUCAGUCAGUGAACAACCUGUAUCAGUAUGUGAACGAAACAGUCUGUGAACGACAUGUAUCAGUAUGUGAACGGAAUGAUUCAGUCAGUCAGUGAACAACAUGGUGAACUAAACAAACUACUUCCGAAUGACUUUAUUCAGGCAGAGGAGGGAGGGGUUGUAGUGUCGUUCACUUACUGCUGAACACUGGUUUAUUCACUGAGGCUAAGAUAAAACAGUGCAUUAUAGUGCAUUUACAUUAGUAAACGUGUAUAAACUUUCCUGCAAAAAGGAUUUUAUUUCAGCUGAUUUAAAGCAAUAUGCUAUUCAAUAUCUUUAAAUGUAGCAGAAUCCCAGCUACAGCUACAAUGUUUAUUUAUUUUAAUCUCUCCACUUUUCCGCGAUAUAAAAGAACGACGACUUGCGCUUGUUUAGCGGGUGUGCUGCUUGCUGCUGUUGUUUCGCCAACAGCGACACACAGAGAGGUGAGUUUUUCAGGGCAGGGGAGUGAGUCUUCCGUCAGGACUUGGCAAAUGAAUGACAUGUACAGUCAAAAAAACUGUUCUUCCCAUCACUAAUGAGCAGCCCUGAUUUUGAUUUUGAAAUUUAGAAAUAUAUGAUAUUCACAAUAAAUGACACAUUAGACGAUCAAAAAUCAAAAUCAGCAGGAGGAGCUUCUUUGUGAAAAGACACAACUUAUAAACAGCGGGCGCCAAAACCGCCACGGACCUUUAGUCCCUCACAGGAGCUUUACAUUGUUGGAUUUUGUCAAACGCCCAAAAAUGAAGAAAAUAACAGCAACUUGAUAUCGCCAUUUCGUAUUAGAGGCCAGCCGACUCGCUCUCUCAUAAUCAGCCACUGAAUCACCGUUAUUAGUCGACUUCUACAUGAUACCAGACUAUCAGGGUGUCAGAUAAACAUGACAGCCGAAAAUGAGUUUGAAAAAACACUGUUUUACUCAUAUUGUCUUACCCUAUCUGAUCUCAUCCAAAGCAUCAAGAAAAAGACAAAACCCCCAACCCCUGAAUCCACUGUAAACCUACUUCUGCCUGAACUUCGUCUGAGUUGUGAUUCUUCUUUGCCACAGCCGAGGCAGUUAAAUCAGAACUAAAUAUUUUAAGUGUGGACUUAAAACUCACAGGGGAGCCAGCUUCCCUGAGGUAAGGAUUUACUCCCAAAGAAAGCUGCGGUGGUGGGGGGAAAAAAAGCUGUUUUCCUGAGGAUGUUGAUUUAGGUGUGGAGGAGCUCUAUUAGUAUGAAAGCCAGCCUCUUUAAUGUUGUGUGGAUGGUUGAAGAAGACAGGAACUUAUAUUUCAUUUGUGGCCAGUGAAAAGUAGUUUUAUAUUUUAUUCCUUUGCCCGUGUUUUGUUGUCCUCCAGAGUACCAGCCAACAAAUAUUGUUUGUGUGUCCAAAGCCUGGUAAUUCCGAUUUCAUUGUGUUGCACAACUAAAGCUUUGUUCAACAAAUAUUAAAAAAACACACCAGUGAGCAACAUUAUUGCACUGGGUGAUAUUUCAUUACCCUGAACGCACGCACUGUAGUUUGUUUGACUUAAUCCCUCAUAAACCACCGGCUGCCCCGAGUGCUUACAAAAGCUGCAAAUAUGAAUAUUGGAUCAGCUGCAGAAAAUCAUUGUUUCCUUCUGUCUGGGAAAUGUUUGUUGUAAGAAUAGUGUCCGGUUCUUUCAGUAAAUGGUUUUGGUUUUUAAAAAAGGUAAGGGGAUCCCAGCCCGAAAGUUGUGGACCCAGGAAAAGAAAGGGUAGCACAGAAGCUAGGCUAUCAACUGGGUAUCACAAGUUUUAAGUACCUGUGACCUGAACAGUGAUGUCAGAGUGAACAAAUGCUCUAUUUGGACUUUUCAGAGCUUAAAGGGAUAUUCCGGCGUAGAAUUAAUUUAGGGUCAAACACACCGUAACACCGAGUUAGACACCCCCUCCAGAGAUAAAUGUUGCCGACCGCUUGCUUCUCUAGUUAUACCAACUUUAGUGACGACCGCAGGAUAGCAAUACACAGCGGUCUGAGGAGCCAUAAACGAACCUCAACCAAAAUGCCACUCUAUAGCCACAAAUAAUGCUCAGAACAGCACCUAACUUCAUCAACAGUACACAUUGGGUCCCAGCCAUAGCACUAGCCACAAAAAAUCUUUUUGAUUUUGCCUAAUUUCUUUAGCAAAGAGACGAAACACAACUCACCUACUCUCUUUCAGCAGCUGCUUGUUUGGAGCGAGACCUCAAGCCAGUCCAUUACAGACUACAAUGGAGUGACGCAGCUCAAGGAAGAACAUUUAUGAUCAUUUCUUCAUCAUUUCCUCGAAGUAAUAAUCAUCAUAUUAAUCAUUUUGCACUGCAGACAUGGUAGUUCUUCUGCCUUAGUGUUUCGGUCUGAUUGCAUUUCCAUAAAGAAAUUAUCAUAAAUGUUCUUCCUUGAGCUGCGUCACCCCGCUGGAGACCGUAAUGGACUGGCCCAAGGUCUCGCUACAAACAAGCGGCUGCUGGAAGAGAGAAGAUGAGUUGUGUUUCAUCUCUUUGCUAAAGAAAUUAGGCAAAAGUAAAAAGAUGUUUGGUAAAGCUGUGUAUUGCUAUCGUGCGGUCAUUACUAAAGUUGGUAUAACUAGAGAAGCAAGCGGUCGGCAACAUUCAUCUCUCGACGGGGUGGCUGACCUGGUGUUACAGUGUGUUUGACCCUAAAUUAAUAUUUCGUUGGAAUAUCCCUUUAACCUUGCAAACCAGUCAUCCCACCUUUGUUGAAUGCCCACCUAAGUCUUUGUAAACUUACAAGAAGACACUCUCACUAGACCUGAACCCUUUCUGCCCCGCUGUCCUGCAGGUACGCCUACAGAGACCCGCUGUUAACAGACUCCUACGCCGUUCCAGCGCUGUGCAGCGUCUACCUGACGUUCGCCUGUGGUGUCCUGGUCAUGCUUCUGUACUACGGCUUCCUACACCCGGCCACCGCCCACCUCCAGCCAAGCCCUGCCUCUUCUUGCUGCGCCCAGCUGCUCUGGGGUCUCCCCCUCCCGCCAUCCGCCCCGGCCACAGCGCCGCCGACCCCGGCUCAUAUGGCCAAGUCGCAGACAGAAGAGGAUGUGGCUGAGACAUGUCUGCCUGUCUUUCAGGUGAGAUCUGCACCCCCCACUACGAAGCCGGAGGGCCCGCUAAUUAAGAUCGACAUGCCCAGGAAGCGCUACCCUGCAUGGGACGCCCACUACGUAGACAGGCGCCUGCGGAGGACUAUAAACAUCCUGCAGUACAUAACACCCGCUGCUGUUGGCAUCCGUUACCGUGACGGGCCUCUUCUGUAUGAACUGUUGCAGUACGAGUCCUCCCUUUGACACACAAACAAGUCGGCACAUACACAUAAGCACAUAUGCACCACGAAAAGGCGUGUGUGUAUACAUGGAUAGGAAAGAUUUUGUAAACACAUUGUCACAUGUACAACUUGGCACUUGGUGUAAGCACACAGACACAAAAGCAAUCUGUCACACUUCCACAAGCACACUCUCAAAUACACACACACACACAAACACACACAGAUACACAAACACAGUCCUUGCGGGUACCUUUGACCUGUGAGUCCCAUGGCCAUGACUCAACAAGCUGCUUCAGCGUGAGUCCAUCUCUUUCGCUCGUCAUCCUUCUGUCCCUUUCCAAUCCCUCAGAUCUCUCUUCAUCUGUUGUCAUGUGUUUAAUUUAACAAGUCUGCGCUCUGCUGUGAGGAAAACACACACACAAAAAAAUGAAACACACUGGAGUUCGCUACCGCCGCAUGCCGUUAACAUCGCGUCGCUCACUCAAUCACAGGUGUCCGUACAAUAAAAAAGACGUGAAACAGAGAGUCAAAAUGUUAAUUCUAAUGAGAGGCAUCUGUCAAAAGGUAGUGUAUAUAUUUUCUAUGUACAGAAAGGAUGUUUUUUUAUGUGACGUUACAUUGUUGUCAACUCGGGACAGGGCAGAUAACGGGGAGUACCGAAAAGCGGUGCUGAGAUAGUGACGGUAUUCACAUCCAGAUGAUUUCAAAAGUCAUAUCAGAGUUUCGCUUUUGAGAAAUAGUUUUACAUUUUGAGACAAACACUUGUCUUGGAGAAGAUCGACAAGAUCGCGAAUCGACAUGUUUCAACUGUAACAAGCAACUGGAAAAUGGUUGAAAUGAGGUCUUAGAUGUCUGGACUUGAUUUCAGACUUUUUUUAAUUAGUAUUGAUUUGAAGCAACCGGGUCCUUAGUAGCCAAGCAGUCUAAAAGUAAAAUAACACUCCGGAAAAAGUGAAAAAUUAGCACAUUUUCAUUAAUGCAACCAAAUUUGGUCAAGUCUGUUAUUUGCGCCCAAUCGGACCCAGGUUGUCAAGCAUUAUAGUACCAUAGCAGAAGCCAUGGGGAGUAGCGGGAGACUGUGCUACAGAUUAGGCAAAACAAAGGAUCAAACAGGUUACUUAGGGUGACCAUACGUCCUCUUACACCCGGACAUGUCCUCUUCUUGGGAGGCUGUCUGGGUUUGUCCGGCGAGGUUUAUGAAAUUCUUCAAAUGUCCACGGUUUUGUACGCAAGUUUUGACUUACUGAGUUAGAAGCAUGUAAAAGACACUCGGUCUGACCCGAAAAACUCUCAAAAUUUACGUUGUGUGACUCUGUGACUCCGCCCCUGAGUAGUCGUGUCAUCUUUUAGGGAAGUCAGAAUAUGGUCACCCUAAGGUUACUGAUUCUGGUAGCCUGUUGCAUAGGCAUUCAAAUAUGCUCUGUACAAAGCCGAGAGAAAAGUGAGUUUCCCAAAAUGUAAAACUAUCCUUUUUUAAAUGCUAAGCUAGCAGCGUUAGCUAACUAAAAGGGAAAACAAUGAUAGGUUGAUGCAACUCAAAACCAGAUGGGUGGCGUUACCGUUUUUGUUACGUCAAUCCUGUGCCAAUCUUAUGAAACGUACCAAACCCGAUGUUUAGUCUCCAACUAAAAUAUAUCCUUAAAACUGGACCAGAGCCCGCUGGCCAAAGUUUGGUCGUGUUAAAUGAUUGAAAAAAAUUUAAAAAAGGAUUGAUUAUCUCCAAAGGGGAAAAAAACUAAUGCAGGACUAAUUAUUUCUGAUCUGUCUACCAGCACCCACAAGUGUGUGAUGUCCCAAUUAUGCUGUUCCCACGCUAACAGGGUGCUGCCACUGAAGCUGGUAUAAAACAGUUUUGGACUUCAAUCGCCGCAACCUUCUUGGUGACUUGUGUUCCCCUGAUAAGCGUCCAGCAUCAACUCCUCCAAAGCCACCCACGGCUGAGCUGUGAUGUAUGGCUCAUUAUUUAUUUUUUUGUUUGUUUAUCCCUGUGAUCCAAGCUGUUACAUUGGCAGUCGACAGUAAACGAGCUGACUUAUCCAGUCAUCAGUCUGUUGACGGGAACACUGCUCCCGAAAUCACACGCUGUCAAAGGGCUGCCUUAACACCGCAUGGUGGCCAGUAAAAACAAGAGGGUUGGAAGGUGGUGGAAGUGUUUUAUCGGUCCAAUGCAUCACAUCUUUUCUCUGGUCAAUGUCAGCCGUAGAGCAGGUGAGCAAUUUCAGAUGGUGCCGUCAGAAAACAUGAACACAAACCCACAUAUGCUUCUUAUUGCUGCUGGUCCAGAGGAUGGACCAGCUGAGGCGAAAGGAUACAACAGUUUUCAGAGAGAUACGAAGGAUAUGUCAACAUUUUGGGGAAAAUGUAAAACUUAGCUAAUCCUUCUACAAGUUGCUUGCAUUUCUCAGAAUUAAGAUUUGGGAUACAGAUUCACCCAUUUCUUAAUAAUCCAUAACUACACUGCAGAUGAGGAGGGCCCUAACCCUGCAUUUCCACUGCGUCCACGGCUCUGAUCCGGAACGGCAGUGAUUUUUGACGUCCGCUAUUUCCAACCGGAUCUGUUCGUGAGGUGAAUUUCGUGGCGGAUUACACAAGAAAACUCAAGAACCCACAGAUUCGAGUUGUCUCUGUAAAGACAGCCACAUACAGUGCUUUUGGAAAGUAUUCAGACCACUUUUUCCACAUUUUUUUAUGUUUCAGCCUUAUUCCAAAAUGGAUUAAAUUCCCUUUUCCCUCAAAAAUUCUACACAAAAUACCCCAUAAUGACAAAGCGAAAAACUUUUUUUAGAACAUUUUGCAAAUUUAUUAAAAAUAAGAACACUCAUGGAGUGUUUUAUUUUGGAUGUUUUAUUGUGUCUGUGCCAGACUUACUUUCCAGCACGGGUUAAUCUGUGCCGAAUUUAUCCGGCAUGCUCCGGCAUCCGGAAAAAUAGAACUCUUGCAAUCAGUUGCAGAGUCCGGCGAUCCGCAGUGGAAUGGAAAGAAGCCGGUGGAAAUUGACACAUUAACUUGAAUGGUUACGAUCAGCUACAAUCGACGGAUAUGGCCUUUUCAUAGCCGCUCCGGAUCUAGUGGAAAUAGGGGGUAACAUGGGUGUUUCGAUUAUACAUCCUACUCUUACCCUUACUCUUAAACCCUAACUGCCCGAGCUUCAUCCCUUAUCCUAAUCCCCAUUUAAGGUUACUCACUUUACCCUUAACGGAAUCCUAACCAUUCCAGGUGUAGGCCUGACCCUAUCCUGGGUUCAAAUGUUGAUGUAUCCUUCGGUGUCCAACGAGGUGAGCUUACAUUAUUUUCCGUGGUGCUAGCGGACGAAAUAAAAAAAUAAAAUUAGGUCAUUCGCUGCCGAGAGGCGAGUAGAUUCAGUAGGUGCGAAUUUGCAACAUCGGUGUUCAUAUGGUGCAACACGCUCAAACUAAUGAGUCAAUUGGCUGCUAAUCCCACUUCAUAUGGUGCAAAUAUGAAACACACAUGUACUUUAUGGUGCAAUAUGGGCAGAUUGUCUCUUUGAAUUCUAUGGUGCAACUUGAGUACUGCCUUCAGUUAUCGGCCAAGGCUGUGCCAAAGGCUCCGUCCAAACGGACAAUUGCUCUUCCUGUCCUGCUGAAGCUAUGCAAGUCUCCAACGCGAGGAGAUGUGCUUAGUGUACUUGCUCACGAAACACAAACACACACAUAUACACUUGCAUGCAUGCACACAGGGUCUUACACCACAGCAGGGACGUACAAUCAAUACACAUACACAAUGGAAAGUAGAGUUACAACAUUGGAUGUAUCCCUACCUCACUGCUUUAACACACAAAUACAAACUCUCACACUAAUGUCCAAUAAUCCCUUACCCCUUUAUAAUUUGGGAACAAUAUUCAUAUGGUGCUAUUGAGUAAAGCUGGGUGGUUUUUUUGUAUAGCUGUGGUAACAGUGGUAUGAAGACUUUAGCCAAAUAAACAAAGUGUUUCAUAUCUAACGGACUGAUCGAAUCCUGUAAUUCAAUCAGUCCUUGUUUCCUCCUGUAGAGUGUACGAAAAAAACAGCAACACCUUCAGCCUCUUAAGAAAAAGAACAAUUUGUGACACAUGAAAGCUAUAAUGCCUUAUGAGUUUGGCAGAAGUGGAGGUGUACGUUUUUUAAGGUCUCUUAGAGUCUCACAAAGGAAUAAUCACCCCGAGGAGGUCGGUGCUUCUUUUUGGUACACUCUGAAGUGGACUCACUCUGAGCAUUUAGCAUAUGUUAAGUGUGCAGGAGAAAAGAAAUCACAGUGGGGAAACAGAUUACUGUGUUCGCACGUUGUCCUAAAAAUCAAGUAUGUGACAUUUAGAAAACACAGUUAGACAUUUUUCCUUUUGUUUCACAGAUCGUGUUUGUGAAUUUCUUGCAUGAAUGUUCUAGACUUCGAGGGCACGUGUUGCUCUUAGGAAAAUAAGUACGGAGGUUAAAAGAGUCUCAGCCUGCGUGCGUGCGCCUCUGGGUUGUAAAAGGGAGAGUUUUGUUGAGCUCCAGAGCAGCUGUCCCCAUAGCUAUUCCCAUGUACUGCUCUUUGACCUUCGACCCGAACCAUUGCCCCCUUUGCGCCCAGAGCUCCAGCCAAUCAGAGAUCAGGUUAAACACAGCCAAAUCAGGUCAUUCACAACCAAAAAACGACAGUACCUUCUUUAUACAGGAUUCUUCAUGAGUGGCUUCCAGACUCGGCUGUAGAUUCAUCAUCAAACUGCAGGUAUCAUACUUUUUUACAGACUUUGUUUUAUUUUUAACACGGAUUACUCGCUAUAUCAUCGUUUUACCCGAAAAGUUAGCCAACAGCUGAGUCUGCAAUCCACGAAUGAAGCGAAACCCCGAGCCUUAGCCAGGCCCACUCUGUAAGGAAUACAAAUCCAGCCAGUGUUAUUGUAUGGCAACUCAUCAAAAGCUAUGCAAGGUUACACACAGAACGGUUCUGGGCUUUGAUAACCUUUACAAACAUACCAUAUCACUGUUUCCAUGUAUCGCUGUCGUGUGUCAGUUUUCGCCUCUUUUUGUUCAAGAGCAGAAACCUGAAAGUGUUGACGCGCUAUCGAAUUUGUUUACAUUUUUUAAAAUCUUUUUGUAUUUUUUUUAAGGAGAGUUUGGUAUUUUUUUGACAUCUUUUUUUUAUUCAGUUGACUUAUUUUGUUUGUUUUUUUCCACAUCAAGUGGUCGGGACGGUUGAAAGAAACUGAAAAACCUGGAUUUGUGCGACCUCCCGACAGAGGAAAUGUCAAACCUGAUAUGUUUAACAUCAAAUACAUUAAUGAACCACAAUCAGGGUCCGUCGAGCAUAUGAGGCAUCUUGUUAUGUGUGUGUAUGCGAGUUUGCUCCAUAUGCUUUUUUUAGCCAAAGUUAAACCCGCUUGGUCCAGAGCUGUGAAAUUAUCAUUACUCAUCAGGCUUCUGUUCUGAAACUGAGACCAGAAGCUAAGCUGUUUCUGCUCAUGGACCGGUUUCUGCCAGAUCUGAGUCAGACAACAAUCCAAAUCCGCCAGUUUUUUUCCUCUUUUUUUUUUGGCUCAAAUUCAAUCAUGGACAACGUGUUGUGAGCAAUUUAGAGGUUUGACUCAGGUGUGGAUACUAAAAGCACAGUGCAGGGUCAUAAUAAACCUUAAUGUGGAUGUAAUCUCAAAAGAUGUACCAUGAGCUUUUAUUUUGGGGGUCAUGCUUUUGUACUUUGUUCUUCAGCUUGGGAAACAGUAGCUCUAGAGAGUCAAUGUGCAAAAGUGUAUUUUUCAUUUCUCGUGGUUGGCUUUUUGAUUGUAAAUACCUUUUUCUCGUAAUUCUCCUAAUUUGGAUCUAUGUUUGAUGACUUUGCUUAGAUGGCUAUUUUAAAUGUGCAGAUAGUAAAUGUUCUUUAUAAAUAUCCAGAAUGUAAGACGAGAGAAGAAAAAUAAGGCUUAACUGGAAACUGUGUUUUUGUAGGAGUCUGUGCCAUCGUGUUGUCUUGAGUAUAAGCACACUGAUAUUAGAUCUGUAGGCAGGGCGAAGUUGGAGAGUUGGACGGCCAGACAGCUCACCAAGUUAUACUUUUAAUCAGGACAAACAGUUCGGCGCUCAAGAGCAUUCAAGUCUCCCUUUUCUGCGAGCUGAAUAUGAAACUGGUUAGCAGGAAGAGAGUGGAAUCGGGGAAAAACUGGGUCGCUCUCAGAAUCCUAAAUACUACAGAGUUUAUUUGGAUUGCAUUUGGAGUUGGAAAAACAUAUAAAAGUUAGAUGUGCCUUUAAAAGUUCCACCAAAUAGUGGGACUAAAAAGUAGUAAGUAGUGUCGAUGGCAUUUAUGCAGCUCCAUGCAGCCAAUCCAAUAAGGCGAGCUCUGCCUCUUGUAGGGGGAACACUUAGAGUCACUUUAUGUCAUAUUAUAACAAAUUAUGAAAUAGUCAAAUAAGCGGGGGAUUGUGAUUAAUAAAAAUGAGAUGAUGCAACAGGAAGCCAGUUGCCAUUUCAACAAAUCUGGUUGAAAAGUUAUACCUUCAAGUUACAAAAAAAAGAAAGCAGUUUGAGUUUUUCCCUGUUUCCACUCUUUCUCCUUAAAGCUAUGCUAACUGUCUCCAUAGCUAAAUAUUUAAAGUGGUAUUGAUUAAUCUGACCCCAUGAUUAAAAGAGAAAAAAAAAAACACAAAUUGAUUAUUCAAAAAGGUUUCUAUCAUUAAAACCGGGGGCUGUCUGGUACCUCCUCUCGACUUCAGAAGUGAUGGCAGCCGUCAUCAAGGUGUUCAAAUCACUCCUGCAUCGGCUCAUUACAACAACAACAACAACAACAAAAAAACACCAUUCAUGAAUCUUCUGAGAUUCCCAAACACACAUCGAAUGUUCUUGUCCAUCCACAAAUGAAUCAGGAGAGAAACGAGAAAAGCACGUUUGUGUAACUCUUGUUUGUCCGUGUACUCUGUGUCUAAGGUAGUAAGUAUUCUGGCAAAGAGUUGAAUGAUAUUUUAAAUGGCUCCAGGUGGCCAGCGUUAGAAAAUGUGUUAUUUUUGUUACAAUACCUCCUGAAAAUAAAGUCUAUUUAUCUGUGGAGAAACAAAGAUUUACAAUAAAACAGAAGACUACUUAGAAAUGAUGACAGAUUUUAAAUUAUGUAGAGCAGAUAUAAAUAAAAACAUGUACAGUUCAUUUGGUUUUGAACAGGAUAAAGAAAUGUAUAUGCGUCAGUAUUGAGUUUGAUUUUAUAUAUUUACCAUUUUAUUACAUUGUAUUGUUGUGACUGCAAUGGAGAAAAAAAAUAUAAAGGAAUAUAAAUUAUUUUUUUUUCCAAA